AUGGAAUUUGUACGGUACACUAAUGCCAUAGGUUCUAUCAUGUAUGCUAUGAUUAGUACAAGACCUGAUUUAUCCUAUUCAAUAUCCCUAUUAAGUACAUUCAUGUCAAACCCUAGAUGUGAUCACUUAAAUGCUUUAAAAUGGUUGCUUAGAUAUAUUAGAAGCACUGUGCAUGUUGGUUUGAAUUUUUGUAAAAGAAACUCCUCACUUGAUCUGAUUGGGUACGUAGACUCUGAUUUUGCAGGUGAUAGGGAUUCAAGGAAGCCCACAACAGCUUACUAUUUCACCUUGGAAGGCAAUUGUGUCAGCUGGAAGUCUCAAUUACAGCGAUUAGUAGCACUGUCCACAACUGAAGCAAAAUAUGUGGCUGUAACCGAUGCAUUCAAAGAAGCCAUAUGGCUUCAAGGAAUCUUGAGGGAGGCCAAGCUACUAAAUGGACUAGUGAUUGUCUAUUCAGACAGUCAAAGUGCCAUUCACCUAGGAAAGAAUCUUGUAUAUCAUGAGAGGACUAAACAUGUAAAUGUAAGGUACCAUUUUGUAAGGGAUAUGAUUUCAAGAAAGGAGUUGAACCUAAUGAAGAUCCCCACUAAAGAUAAUACGGUAGACAUGGCAACCAAGGUUGUAACACUUGCAAAGUUCAAGCAUUGCUUGAAUUUAUUGCAUGUGGAACAACCAAUUAAAGCCAAGAAGGAAUAUGGUAGACACUUACUGCACUAA